GGUAACUUUAUGAUGCGUCUCCCCCAGGGUAACUUUAUGAUGUGUCUCCCCCAGUGUAAGCUAGGCAUUGUGAAGUUCAUCGAGGCAGAGCAGGUCCCGGAGGUGGAGACGGUCAUACACCUGGUGGUUGCCUCUAGCGACACCAGACACGGCGUUGCCACGGCCGCAGACCUGGAGCUCAAGAGCAAGCAGAGGUACGUAUCUAUGGGACUGUUCUACUAUUAUGGGAUGGUGAUGGUGCAGUAGGGGGGCACCUCAUUAGUCCAUUUACAACAUGCUACAGGAGUUGGUUCUGGGUUCUGAUAUUUGGUUCUCGGUUCCAAGAGUUGGUUGAUUUGUGAUAUGAUGUUAUGUGUUGUUGUUGUUGUGAUAUCAUGUUGGGUUUAUUUUUGCAGUAUUAUCGACUGGAACAACCCCCUGAUCGUCAACAAGAUGUACAAGGUCUACCUGGGAGACAUCCCCCUCAAAACUAAGGUGUGUAAAGAUUCUUCCCACCUCAAACCUUCUGAACUCAAUCAAACUUGGUCUUGAAUUGAUCAGCCCAAUUGAAUGAGUUCAAACGGCUUCGAACACGAAAUGGCAUUGAUGAAUGGAGGCCGAGAUCUCUCCGGCAUGGUCGCCGCAUCGUCUUGAUUGGUUGAAUGUGUGAACAAUAUCACACAUGCUGUGGCCAACUAAUGUCCUGCUAUGUCACGUUAUGUCACGUUAUGUCACGUCAUGUCAUAGGGGGCCAGUCUGAAGCGGGAGCUGAAGCACGAGCCGGUCAGCACCAGAGUCAAGAUGAAGAUCCUACCUCACCUCUUACGCUCUCGCCUGGCCGCUGAGUGCUUCCCUGCUAACAUACAGGUACUGCUGUAGUGAGUGUUCUAGUUCUAACAUACAGGUACUGCUGUAGUGGGUGUUCUAGUUCUAACAUACAGGUACUGCUGUAGUGGGUGUUCUAGUUCUAACAUACAGGUACUGCUGUAGUGGGUGUUCUAGUUCUAACAUACAGGUACUGCUGUAGUGGGUGUUCUAGUUCUAACAUACAGGUACUGCUGUAGUGGGUGUUCUAGUUCUAACAUACAGGUACUGCUGUAGUGGGUGUUCUAGUUCUAACAUACAGGUACUGCUGUAGUGGGUGUUCUAGUUCUAACAUACAGGUACUGCUGUAGUGGGUGUUCUAGUUCUAACAUACAGGUACUGCUGUAGUGGGUGUUCUAGUUCUAACAUACAGGUACUGCUGUAGUGUGUGUGUGUUCUAGUUCUAACAUACAGGUACUGCUGUAGUGUGUGUGUGUUCUAGUUCUAACAUACAGGUACUGCUGUAGUGUGUGUUCUAGUUCUAACAUACAGGUACUGCUGUAGUGGGUGUUCUAGUUCUAACAUACAGGUACUGCUGUAGUGGGUGUUCUAGUUCUAACAUACAGGUACUGCUGUAGUGGGUGUUCUAGUUCUAACAUACAGGUACUGCUGUAGUGGGUGUGUGUUCUAGUUCUAACAUACAGGUACUGCUGUAGUGGGUGUGUGUUCUAGUUCUAACAUACAGGUACUGCUGUAGUGGGUGUUCUAGUUCUAACAUACAGGUACUGCUGUAGUGGGUGUUCUAGUUCUAACAUACAGGUACUGCUGUAGUGGGUGUGUGUUCUAGUUCUAACAUACAGGUACUGCUGUAGUGGGUGUUCUAGUUCUAACAUACAGGUACUGCUGUAGUGGGUGUGUGUUCUAGUUCUAACAUACAGGUACUGCUGUAGUGUGUGUUCUAGUUCUAACAUACAAGUACUGCUGUAGUGGGUGUGUGUUCUAGUUCUAACAUACAGGUACUGCUGUAGUGUGUGUUCUAGUUCUAACAUACAGGUACUGCUGUAGUGGGUGUGUGUUCUAGUUCUAACAUACAGGUACUGCUGUAGUGGGUGUUCUAGUUCUAACAUACAGGUACUGCUGUAGUGGGUGUUCUAGUUCGAACAUACAGGUACUGCUGUAGUGGGUGUUCUAGUUCUAACAUACAGGUACUGCUGUAGUGGGUGUUCUAGUUCUAACAUACAGGUACUGCUGUAGUGGGUGUUCUAGUUCGAACAUACAGGUACUGCUGUAGUGGGUGUUCUAGUUCUAACAUACAGGUACUGCUGUAGUGGGUGUUCUAGUUCUAACAUACAGGUACUGCUGUAGUGGGUGUUCUAGUUCUAACAUACAGGUACUGCUGUAGUGGGUGUUCUAGUUCUAACAUACAGGUACUGCUGUAGUGGGUGUUCUAGUUCUAACAUACAGGUACUGCUGUAGUGGGUGUUCUAGUUCUAACAUACAGGUACUGCUGUAGUGGGUGUUCUAGUUCUAACAUACAGGUACUGCUGUAGUGGGUGUUCUAGUUCUAACAUACAGGUACUGCUGUAGUGGGUGUUCUAGUUCGAACAUACAGGUACUGCUGUAGUGGGUGUUCUAGUUCGAACAUACAGGUACUGCUGUAGUGGGUGUUCUAGUUCUAACAUACAGGUACUGCUGUAGUGGGUGUUCUAGUUCGAACAUACAGGUACUGCUGUAGUGGGUGUUCUAGUUCGAACAUACAGGUACUGCUGUAGUGGGUGUUCUAGUUCGAACAUACAGGUACUGCUGUAGUGGUGUUCUAGUUCGAACAUACAGGUACUGCUGUAGUGGGUGUUCUAGUUCGAACAUACAGGUACUGCUGUAGUGGGUGUUCUAGUUCGAACAUACAGGUACUGCUGUAGUGGGUGUUCUAGUUCGAACAUACAGGUACUGCUGUAGUGGGUGUUCUAGUUCGAACAUACAGGUACUGCUGUAGUGGGUGUUCUAGUUCUAACAUACAGGUACUGCUGUAGUGGGUGUUCUAGUUCGAACAUACAGGUACUGCUGUAGUGGGUGUUCUAGUUCUAACAUACAGGUACUGCUGUAGUGGGUGUUCUAGUUCUAACAUACAGGUACUGCUGUAGUGGGUGUUCUAGUUCUAACAUACAGGUACUGCUGUAGUGGGUGUUCUAGUUCUAACAUACAGGUACUGCUGUAGUGGGGUGUUCUAGUUCUAACAUACAGGUACUGCUGUAGUGGGUGUUCUAGUUCUAACAUACAGGUACUGCUGUAGUGGGUGUUCUAGUUCUAACAUACAGGUACUGCUGUAGUGGGUGUUCUAGUUCUAACAUACAGGUACUGCUGUAGUGGGUGUUCUAGUUCUAACAUACAGGUACUGCUGUAGUGGGUGUUCUAGUUCUAACAUACAGGUACUGCUGUAGUGAGUGUUCUAGUUCUAACAUACAGGUACUGCUGUAGUGGGUGUUCUAGUUCUAACAUACAGGUACUGCUGUAGUGAGUGUUCUAGUUCUAAACAUACAGGUACUGCUGUAGUGGGUGUUCUAGUUCUAACAUACAGGUACUGCUGUAGUGGGUGUUCUAGUUCUAACAUACAGGUACUGCUGUAGUGGGUGUUCUAGUUCUAACAUACAGGUACUGCUGUAGUGGGUGUUCUAGUUCUAACAUACAGGUACUGCUGUAGUGGGUGUUCUAGUUCGAACAUACAGGUACUGCUGUAGUGGGUGUUCUAGUUCGAACAUACAGGUACUGCUGUAGUGGGUGUUCUAGUUCGAACAUACAGGUACUGCUGUAGUGGGUGUUCUAGUUCGAACAUACAGGUACUGCUGUAGUGGGUGUUCUAGUUCGAACAUACAGGUACUGCUGUAGUGGGUGUUCUAGUUCUAACAUACAGGUACUGCUGUAGUGGGUGUUCUAGUUCGAACAUACAGGUACUGCUGUAGUGGGUGUUCUAGUUCGAACAUACAGGUACUGCUGUAGUGGGUGUUCUAGUUCGAACAUACAGGUACUGCUGUAGUGGGUGUUCUAGUUCGAACAUACAGGUACUGCUGUAGUGGGUGUUCUAGUUCGAACAUACAGGUACUGCUGUAGUGGGUGUUCUAGUUCGAACAUACAGGUACUGCUGUAGUGGGUGUUCUAGUUCGAACAUACAGGUACUGCUGUAGUGGGUGUUCUAGUUCUAACAUACGGUACUGCUGUAGUGGGUGUUCUAGUUCUAACAUACAGGUACUGCUGUAGUGGGUGUUCUAGUUCUAACAUACAGGUACUGCUGUAGUGGGUGUUCUAGUUCUAACAUACAGGUACUGCUGUAGUGGGUGUUCUAGUUCUAACAUACAGGUACUGCUGUAGUGGGUGUUCUAGUUCUAACAUACAGGUACUGCUGUAGUGGGGUGUUCUAGUUCUAACAUACAGGUACUGCUGUAGUGGGUGUUCUAGUUCUAACAUACAGGUACUGCUGUAGUGGGUGUUCUAGUUCUAACAUACAGGUACUGCUGUAGUGGGUGUUCUAGUUCUAACAUACAGGUACUGCUGUAGUGGGUGUUCUAGUUCUAACAUACAGGUACUGCUGUAGUGGGUGUUCUAGUUCUAACAUACAGGUACUGCUGUAGUGGGUGUUCUAGUUCUAAACAUACAGGUACUGCUGUAGUGGGUGUUCUAGUUCUAACAUACAGGUACUGCUGUAGUGGGUGUUCUAGUUCUAACAUACAGGUACUGCUGUAGUGGGUGUUCUAGUUCUAACAUACAGGUACUGCUGUAGUGGGUGUUCUAGUUCUAACAUACAGGUACUGCUGUAGUGGGGUGUUCUAGUUCUAACAUACAGGUACUGCUGUAGUGGGUGUUCUAGUUCUAACAUACAGGUACUGCUGUAGUGGGUGUUCUAGUUCUAACAUACAGGUACUGCUGUAGUGGGUGUUCUAGUUCUAACAUACAGGUACUGCUGUAGUGGGUGUUCUAGUUCUAACGUACAGGUACUGCUGUAGUGGGUGUUCUAGUUCUAACGUACAGGUACUGCUGUAGUGGGUGUUCUAGUUCUAACGUACAGGUACUGCUGUAGUGGGUGUUCUAGUUCUAACGUACAGGUACUGCUGUAGUGGGUGUUCUAGUUCUAACGUACAGGUACUGCUGUAGUGGGUGUUCUAGUUCUAACGUACAGGUACUGCUGUAGUGGGUGUUCUAGUUCUAACGUACAGGUACUGCUGUAGUGGGUGUUCUAGUUCUAACGUACAGGUACUGCUGUAGUGGGUGUUCUAGUUCUAACGUACAGGUACUGCUGUAGUGGGUGUUCUAGUUCUAACGUACAGGUACUGCUGUAGUGGGUGUUCUAGUUCUAACGUACAGGUACUGCUGUAGUGGGUGUUCUAGUUCUAACGUACAGGUACUGCUGUAGUGGGUGUUCUAGUUCUAACGUACAGGUACUGCUGUAGUGGGUGUUCUAGUUCUAACGUACAGGUACUGCUGUAGUGGGUGUUCUAGUUCUAACGUACAGGUACUGCUGUAGUGAGUGUUCUAGUUCUAACGUACAGGUACUGCUGUAGUGGGUGUUCUAGUUCUAACGUACAGGUACUGCUGUAGUGGGUGUUCUAGUUCUAACAUACAGGUACUGCUGUAGUGGGUGUUCUAGUUCUAACAUACAGGUACUGCUGUAGUGGGUGUUCUAGUUCUAACAUACAGGUACUGCUGUAGUGGGUGUUCUAGUUCUAACAUACAGGUACUGCUGUAGUGGGUGUUCUAGUUCUAACAUACAGGUACUGCUGUAGUGGGUGUUCUAGUUCUAACAUACAGGUACUGCUGUAGUGGGUGUUUCUAGUUCUAACAUACAGGUACUGCUGUAGUGGGUGUUCUAGUUCUAACAUACAGGUACUGCUGUAGUGGGUGUUCUAGUUCUAACAUACAGGUACUGCUGUAGUGGGUGUUCUAGUUCUAACAUACAGGUACUGCUGUAGUGGGUGUUCUAGUUCUAACAUACAGGUACUGCUGUAGUGAGUGUUCUAGUUCUAACAUACAGGUACUGCUGUAGUGGGUGUUCUAGUUCUAACAUACAGGUACUGCUGUAGUGGGUGUUCUAGUUCUAACAUACAGGUACUGCUGUAGUGGGUGUUCUAGUUCUAACAUACAGGUACUGCUGUAGUGGGUGUUCUAGUUCAGGGAAAGCUAACGUCCUGGAUGUGUGUUCAUGCAAAUCUUUGUGAAUGUCCUUCCACUGUCUUUCCCUCAAGGAAACCUUCAUCACCUGUCUUUUUCCUGUUUCUCUUCUACUCCUUCCUUCUAUCCUCCUCUCCUCUCCUCUCCUCUCCUCUCCUCUCCUCUCCUCUCCUCUCCUCUCCUCUCCCCUACCUUCUCCUCCCCUCUCCCAUAACCUCUCCUCUCUCCCCUCCCCUCUCCUCCUCUCGCUCCCCUAUCCUCUCUCCUCUCUCCAGGUGGUGUAUGACGGUCUGUUUGGAGCCAACACCAACAACAAGCUGCUCUCUCUUACCCUUCAGUUUGUCCACCACAUCUGUCAGGUGUAAGUACUGGUCCCAAGUCAAUUUCAUCCAACCCUUACACAUAGAGACAGCCACUAAGAGCUGGUCCUAGAUCAGUUUAUCCACUAUGGUAAGUACUGUAGUAUUACUGAUCUCUAGUCAGUUUGUCUUCUCAGUCAAAUCUUACACAGAGAGAGGUUGCUACUAAGCGCUGGUCCUAGAUCAGUUUUGUGACGAAGUGGAUAGCUAUCUGCGAUGUGUAAGUACUGAUUCCAAAUCAGUUUCAGUCAACCCAUCCUCAUAAAGACAGUCACUAAGAAAUGGUCCUAGAUCAGUUUGUCCAACAGUGCCCAACACAUCUGUAGGGGAUAAGUACUGGUCCCAAGUCAGUUUCAACCAACCCUUCCUAAAAGAGACAGCUACACAACAUGACCAAAAGUUUGUGGACACCUGCUCGUCGAACAUCUCAUUCCAAAAUCCAUGGGCAUUAAUAUGGAGUUGGUCCCCCCCUUUGCUGCUAUAACAGCCUCCACUCUUCUGGGAAGGCUUUCCACUAGAUGUUGGAACAUUGCUGCGGGGACUUGCUUCCAUUCAGCCACAAGAGCAUUAGUGAGGUCGGGCACUGAUGUUGGGCGAUUAGGCCUGGCUCGCAGUCGGCGUUCCAAUUCAUCCCAAAGGUGUUCGAUGGGGUUGAGGUCAGGGCUCUGUGCAGGCCGGUCAAGUUCUUCCACACCGAUCUCGACAAACCAUUUCUGUAUGGACCUCGCUUUGUGCACAGGGGCAUUGUCAUGCUGAAACAGGAAAGGGCCUUCCCCAAACUGUUGCCCCAAAGUUGGAAGCACAGAAUCGUCUAGAAUGUCAUUGUAUACUGUAGUGUUAAGAUUUUCCUUCACUGGAACUAAGGGGCCUAGCCCGAACCAUGAAAAACAGCCCCGGAGCAUUAUUCUUCCUCCACCAAACUUUACAGUUGGCACUAUGCAUUGGGGCGGGUUGCGUUCUCCUGGCAUCCGCCAAACCCAUAUUCGUCCGUCGGACUGCCAGAUGGUGAAGCAUGAUUCAUCACUCCAGAGAACGCUUUUCUACUGCUCCAGAGACCAAUGGCGGUGAGCUUUACGCUUUGGCAUUGCGCAUGGUGAUCUUAGGCUUGUGUGCGGCUGCUCGGCCAUGAAAACCCAUUUCAUGAAGCUCCCGACAAACAGUUAUUGUGCUGACGUUGCUUCCAGAGGCAGUUUGGAACUCGGUAGUGAGUGUUGCAACCGAGGACAGACGAUUUUUACGGGCUUCAGCACUCGGCGGUCCCGUUCUGUGAGCUUGUGUGGUCUACCACUUCGCGGCUGAGCUGUUGUUGCUCCUAGAUGUUUCCACUUCACAAUAACAGCCCUUACAGUUGACCGGGGCAGCUCUAGCAGGGCAGAAAUUGACAAACUGACUUGUUGGAAAGGUGGCAUCCUAUGACGGUGCCACUUUGAAAGUCACUGAGCUCUUCAGUACGGGCCAUUCUACUGCCAAUGUUUGUCUAUGGAGAUUGCAUGGCUGUGUACUUGAUUUUAUACACCUGUCAGCAACCAGUGUGGCUGAAAUAGAAACCACUAAUUUGAAGGGGUGUCCACAUACUGCUGUGUGUAUGUGUGUAUAUAUAUAUAUAGUUUACUAAGGCAGCCCAAUUCUGAUCUUUUGCCCAAUCAUUGGCAAAAGAGCUGAUCUGAUUGGUCAAAAGACCAAGUAGUGUAAAAAAAGAUCAUAAUUGGGCUGCCUGUGUAAACGCAGCCUAAGAGCUGGUCCUACAUCAGUUUAUCCACCACAUCUGCCAGAUGUAAGAACUGAUUCCAAGUCAGUUUCAGUUAUCUCAGUCAAACCGUACACAGAGAGAGAUGGCCACUAAGAGCUGGUCCUUCAUCAGUUUGUCCACUAUCACAUUCUUUUACAUUUUAGUCAUUUUAGCAGACGCUCUUAUCCAGAGCGACUUAAAGUUACUGAGUGCAUACAUUUUUCAUACUGGCCCCCCCGUGGGAAUCGAACCCACAACCCUGGCGUUGCUAGCGUCAUGCUCGACCAACUGAGGUACAGGAGGCAGGCAUGGUGAAAGCGAUUUACAAGUCAGUUAGUCUUCUCAGUUCACGGUUACACAAAGAGAGAUGGCCACUAUGAGCUGGUCCUAGAUCAGUUAGAACUAAACACUUCAAUAACAAAAAACAACAAAACCUAAUUUGAAGGGUCGUCAAAGGGGUGUCAGUGCAGGCUUUUGUUCCAGCCCAACACUAACCAAAGCCACUCCUAGCAUGUUCUAACAUGUUGAGACGUGUCUCUCCUCUCUCUGACAGAUGCCCUGACACCAACAAGCCACUGGGUCUGAUGCUGCUGAAUGGACUCACCAAGCUCAUCAAUGAGUACAAGGAGGUAAACCCAAUCAAUCAAUGGUUUUAAUCUCGUUUCAUCAAUUACACAUUUCCUUUCAACGGUGGAUGCUUUGCAUGCUCCUGGUGUAGAUGGUGAUGGGAUGUGUUUUGUUGUGUUUGGUUUGGUUUGCAGGAUCCCAAGUUGAUGUGUAUGGCCUACUCCGCUGUGGGGAAACUCUCCAGGUAGUCAUACAUUUUUAAAUAGACUGAUUUUUACCGUAUGUAAAAAAAAAAAAUGCACCAUGCCGAAAUCACUCCGCCAUUUCAUGGUUGCAAAAAUUCUAAUAGUUUUUGUCUAAUUUCAGUUUGUGUGACAAAAUAAGCAAGUGUAGUGUAGAGAAUCAUUGUACCAUCUAAACCACUGUGAAAUAUAUUUCCCAUAACCUAAAAUAUUGUAUUUUCAGCUGUUUUGAAGCUGGUGUUCAAAACCUAAAGUAAAAGACGCAGAAUACGAAAAGUAUAGAAAUAGCGCAUAUAGAAAAUAUAUACCGCUUGUUCUCGUUGCUUUUAAUGAGAAUGACAGAUCUAUAACACGUUUCUAUGUGAAUUUGGUCGCGUUGCCCAAAAAGCUACAUAUUGGAGCUUUAACAACGAUCAUCUGUCUUGAUAUUAUGAUGAGUUUAUGUGAUAGUGAGGUGAUGUUCCUCUCUCCUCCUCCUCCUAGCCGGAUGCCCCAACUCUUCACCAAAGACAUAGCACUGGUCCAGCAGUUCUUUGAGGCCAUGUGCAAGGUAGGUGUUGCUGCAUCAAGACAAUGCUAUUUGAAUACACUGUUUACCGAUAUUUCAGUUUUGUAUUUUAUUUUAUAAAUUAGCAAUAUUUUCUUAAAACCUUUUUUUUGCUUUGGCAUUAUGGGGUAUUGUGUGUAGAUUGAUGAGGGGGAAAAAACAAUUUAAUCCAUUUUAGAGUAAGGCUGUAACGUAACAAAAUGUGGAAAAACUCAAGGUGUAUGAAUACUUUCUGAAUGCCCUGUACAUCAUGUAUAUAUUUAGACAAGACACAAAGCAUAAUUCAAGGUUGAUGGCAGCAACAUGUUCAUAUAUUCCAACCCCCCCCUCCCUCCCAUCUGACCUUGUCUGUGUUUAGGAGGAGCCUGACGUGCGUCUAGCCAUCCAGGAGGCUCUGUCGAUGAUGGUGGGAGCCUACGCUAACCUACAGGGGGCGCUACUCAACCUGAUGGAAGCUCUGGUGGCAGCUUACAUGGGCAAGGUAACACUAGAUAUGGUUUCUCCUAUGACAGGGGGGUAGGCAACUAGAUUCAGCCGCGAGACGAUUUUUGGUCGGGGGGCCCGGGAAACAUAAUUUGUAAACUGCAAAUUGACCACAACUAAGCCCUAAAAGAGAUUGUAUUUGUAAAUAACAAUAUUUUCUUACCUUGAUUACAUUGAGACACGAGCACAUAUCUCUUUUUUUUUUUUUUUUUUAUUCAUGGGAAUACUUGGGAACAGAUUUCCUAAACUAAACACAUUUUCAGCUGAUUUUCUGUCUUCUUUUUCUUCCUUUGGGGGGCCAAAAUAAAUCACAGCGGGCCGCCUGUUGCCGACCCCUGUCCUAUGAUCUCUCUACGAUUUAUAUAUGAAGUAUUAAUAGUUCUACCAGCUAUGAGUUCUACUAUGAAAUAACAUGUAGAAAUUGUCUGAUUUUAAUCUACCAAGAAUAUAUGGGAUAUGCUUGAAUCAUAAUAUUUUGUGGUCGUUGUAGGGAAUACUGUUGUCAAUGUAUUCCAGAAUAUGAUUGUCUGAAUAUUGGUGUUGCUGAAGAAUCUAGAUGAUUACGUUGGAAUAUUGCUUUCUGAUUGGUCAGCCAAAGCUCUGAGUAUUGUGUUCUUCUGUGUUGUGAUUGGUCAGCCUGAGGUACAGGUGCGUCAGGUGGCAAUGAAGUACGCCAGCACGGUAUUCGCUCCUGAUCAUGUGCCCUCCAGAUACUUGCUCCUAUUGGCUGCCGGGGACCCGUAAGUCUCAGCACUACACACCACACACACACACACACACUGAAUAUAAAACAUGUAAGUCUCAGCACUACACACCACACACACACCCACCUACAUCCACUAUGUAUGAUCAUGCUGCCAUACAGUGAAUAUAUCCCAUCCACCUUACAGGUACAAUACUCACACAAUGGUAGGAUAGCUCCUAUGAUAUUUAUCAAUGUGUUAUUGAAUCUUGUAUACUUUUAAUACGAUUUAUAUUAAUUUUUUGGGGUUGUUUGUGUGUUGUUGCAGGACAGAGGAGGUGUGGUGUUAUUAAGUAGAAGUAGUAUAAAGUAUCUCUAUGGUGUGUUAUUAUAGGAGAGAGACCCAGUGUCCUGACCUCAUAGUGUCUCUAUGGUGUGUUAUUAUAGGAGAGAGACCCAGAGUGUCCUGACCUCAUAGUGUCUCUAUGGUGUGUUAUUAUAGGAGAGAGACCCAGUGUCCUGACCUCAUAGUGUCUCUAUGGUGUGUUAUUAUAGGAGAGAGACCCAGAGUGUCAUGACCUCAUAGUGUCUCUAUGGUGUGUUAUUAUAGGAGAGAGACCCAGUGUCCUGACCUCAGUGUCUCUAUGGUCUAUGGUGUGUUAUUAUAGGAGAGAGACCCAGAGUGUCCUGACCUCAUAGUGUCUCUAUGGUGUGUUAUUAUAGGAGAGAGACCCAGAGUGUCCUGACCUCAUAGUGUCUCUAUGGUGUGUUAUUAUAGGAGAGAGACCCAGAGUGUCCUGACCUCAUAGUGUCUCUAUGGUGUGUUAUUAUAGGAGAGAGACCCAGUGUCCUGACCUCAUAGUGUCUCUAUGGUGUGUUAUUAUAGGAGAGAGACCCAGUGUCCUGACCUCAUAGUGUCUCUAUGGUGUGUUAUUAUAGGAGAGAGACCCAAGUGUCCCUGACCUCAUAGUGUCUCUAUGGUGUGUUAUUAUAGGAGAGAGGACCCAGUGUCCUGACCUCAUAGUGUCUCUAUGGUGUGUUAUUAUAGGAGAGAGACCCAGUGUCCUGACCUCAUAGUGUCUCUAUGGUGUGUUAUUAUAGGAGAGAGACCCAGAGUGUCCUGACCUCAUAGUGUCUCUAUGGUGUGUUAUUAUAGGAGAGAGACCCAGAGUGUCCUGACCUCAUAGUGUCUGUAUGGUGUGUUAUUAUAGGAGAGAGACCCAGUGUCCUGACCUCAUAGUGUCUGUAUGGUGUGUUAUUAUAGGAGAGAGACCCAGUGUCCUGACCUCAUAGUGUCUCUAUGGUGUGUUAUUAUAGGAGAGAGACCCAGUGUCCUGACCUCAUAGUGUCUCUAUGGUGUGUUAUUAUAGGAGAGAGACCCAGUGUCCUGACCUCAUAGUGUCUCUAUGGUGUGUUAUUAUAGGAGAGAGACCCAGAGUGUCCUGACCUCAUAGUGUCUCUAUGGUGUGUUAUUAUAGGAGAGAGACCCAGUGUCCUGACCUCAUAGUGUCUCUGUGGUGUGUUAUUAUAGGAGAGAGACCCCAGAGUGUCCCUGACCUCAUAGUAUCUCUAUGGUGUGUUAUUAUAGGAGAGAGACCCAGUGUCCUGACCUCAUAGUGUCUCUAUGGUGUGUUAUUAUAGGAGAGAGACCCGUGCCUGACCUCAUAGUGUCCUGCCGGUGUGUUAUUAUAGGAGAGAGACCCAGUGUCCUGACCUCAUAGUGUCUCUACGGUGUGUUAUUAUAGGAGAGAAGAGGUGUGCAGCGAGGCCCAGCGUGUCCUGAGGGCUCUGCCUGCUAAGAAGUCAGAGAAAGUGGGCUGUAAACCCAUGCCCUCCUUCCCUGACAUGGUGGCCUACAUCCAGGAGAAGGUGAGAGCAUAACCCUUAUCCCAAAUCUAUCCCCUGCCAUUAUAUAAUUAGCUCUCUUGUUAGUAUGGAAGUACAGGUGUCAGGCGGUAUGUCUUUCCAGCCCUGUUGAUCUGCCCUGGUCUGUCCUUUAGGCUGCUCAGAGGAUGAAGACUCCAGCUAAGUACGUCGUGGGGACGUACACUCUACCCUUCAACCCUUCUGCAUUUGGCGAGGUAAGGCACAAAUGUCCGGCAAAACAACUUCAACUAAAUACAGGUGGAUGCACAUCAGGCCGUUUAUGACCGGCAAAACCCCAAAAGAAUUGAAGAGGAAAUUAAAGUAUGGGAAAAAAAUAAACAAAACACAAACAAACGAUGGGACUUAUUUACCUUUUCUCCUUGCCACACUUCCUGUUUUAUAGACAUCACUUCCUUUCUAACCAGGUAGCUUAGUGGUUAAGAGCGUUGUGCCAGUAACCGAAAGGUUGCUGGUUCUAAUCCCCAAGCUGACUAGGUGAAAAAUCUGUCGAUGUGCCCUUGAGCAAGGCACUUAACCCUAAUUGCUCCUGUAAGUCGCUCUGGUUAAGAGCGUCUGCUAAAUGACCAUUUUUUUUUUAAAAAAAAUAAAAAAUAAAUAAAUAAAAUAACCCCUGCUCCUGUCCCCCAGAUCGUGCUGUACCUGCGGAUGUGUCUGGCCCACAGUGCCGGGGCCACGCCCAUCUCUAAGAGCCUGGCGGACAUGCAGGACGACGCGCCUGCCAUCGGACGCUACGUACACACCCUCCUCUCCAACGAACCCCUGACCCCGCCGUCCUCCGCCGGAACCAAGGGGCCGGAGGUCAACCCUGUACAGGUCUACAUCCACCUACUGCAGCAGCUGCUGUCUGCUGUAGGAGGUGAGUGGUGUGAUGCCUCCUUCCCUUGUCUCCUUGGCUCCGAAUACUCAUGUGUUUACUGGCCUGGAAUGCAAAAUGGGAUGCUCCGUCCGUUUCACCGAUUGUUGAUAUUGUGAAGUGAGCAUAUCAGUUUGGAUUCCAGGCCAGGGCGGCAGGUAGCUUAGUGGUUAAGAGCGUUGUGCCAGUAACCGAAAGGUCGCUGGUUCUAAUCCCCGAGCCGACUAGGUGAAAUAUCUGUCGAUGUGCCCUUGAGCAAGGCACUUAACCCUAAUUGCUCCUGUAAGUCGCUCUGGAUAAGAGCGUCUGCUAAAUGACUAAACAUUUUUAAAAAAUACAUCAUUCAUACCUUGUAACUGGUCCAGAUACAAUGUAGUUAUACAUUUUUUUUUCUAUGUCUUUUUUUUCUUGAUUUUCUUUGGAUAGGAGUCCCUGUGAUGUACUGUCUUCUGGAGGUGGUGUCUGUCUGUCCUCACAACCUGGCCCCCAGGUUUAUCGACAAGAUCGACUGGAUCAAGGUAAAUCAUGCUGCGUGCUAUGAUAAUUGACGCUACUAUUGUAAAAGAUACCUUGGUAUGCUAAUGCUAAUUGAUGCUACUUCUGUAAAAUAUUUAAUUGGUAUGCUAAUCGAUGCUAUGUAAUAUACUACUCAGAUACAGGUCCUUGGUACGCUACAUGCUAGGCCAAUGCUAAUCAAUGCUAAUGCUACUCGAUGCUAACGCUGGUCAAUGCUACUACUCUAAAAUAUACAUUGGUAUGCUGCGUGCUAUGCUAACGCUAGUUGACGCUGCUUCUGCAAAGGAUACAUUGGUAUGCUUCAUGCUACGCUAACGCUAAAUCGAUGCUAAUGCUACAUUUCCCCCCCUUCCGCAGAGUCUAAUGAACACCAACAAGGAGGACCUAAGGGAGCUAGCAGCUCAGCUGUAUGCUGUGGUGGUGUCCACCAUGUCAGGAAACGAGCUGAAGACUGCCGUUCAGACACUCAUCAAGAUCACUAAAGAUACGCACGUAUGUAGCCUCCCGCCUUCACCUAGAUCACUAAAGACACAUUUCUGUUAGUCUAGGUCUGUUAUUCAUUAGUGACCUUACCAAGUCUUCAGGGUUAUCUCAAACACACGUAUAAACACUCACAUCUGUUUAGCUACCAUUCCACUCCUUGUUCUCCGUUUCAUAUGCCAAAGAUGUUUAGCAUGACAGGAGUGGCAAGGAGUGGACUGAUAGCUGAACAGACUGGUACCAGACUAGAUGAUAGCUGAACAGACUGGUACCAGACUGGACCAAGGCGUUGACUUGAUAGCUAAAGACUGGUACCAGACUGAGAUGAUAGCUAAACAGCACUGGUACCCAGACCUGGACCAAGGCAGUGAGACUGAUUAGCUAAACCGACUGGUACCAGACGAGAUGAUAGCUAAACAGACUGGUCCAGACUAAUGAAGCUAAACAGACUGGUACCACCAUACUCAUAUGAUAGCUAGACGACUGGUACCAGACUAGAUGAUAGCUACCACCAGACGGUAUCCCAGACUAGAUGAUCAGCUGAACAACUGGUACCAUACUAGAUGAUAGCUAAACAACUGGUACCCUAGACUAGAUGAUAGCUACCAGACUGGUACCAGACUAGAGUGCUAAACAUACUGGUUACCAGACUAGAUGAUAGCUGAACGACUGGUACCUCAUCUAGAUGUAGCUAAUAAACAGACUGGUAAGCCUAGACUAGAUGAUCGCUAUGACCGGACUGGUACCCAUACCUAAUGAUAGCUGCACAGACUGGUACCCCCAGACUAGAUGAUAGCUAGACAGAACGGGUACCAGACUCGAGAUGCUAAACAGACUGGUAACAAGCCACCGCAGACUAGAUGAUAGCUAAACAGACGGUACCCCAAACUAGAUGAUCAGCUAGACGACUGGGUACCCAGCUAGAUGAUAGCUAAACAGACUGGUACCCCCAGACUAGAUGAUAAUCUAGACGACUGGUAGCCCAACUAGAUGAUAGCUAGACAGACUGGUACCAGACUAGAUGAUAGCUUACCCAUACCUGUUACCAUCUAGAUGAAGCUGAACAGACUGUACCAGACUAGAUGAUAGCUACCCGACUGGCUACCAGACUAGAUGAUAGCUCGUGACAGACUUGUACCAGACUAGAUUAGCUAACCGACUGUUUACCAGACUAGAUAUAGCUGAACAGACUGGUACCAGACUAUAUGAUAAGCUAAACAGACUGGUAACCAGACUAAUGAUAGCUAGACGACUGGGUACAGACUAGAUGAUAGCUAAACAGACUGGUACCCCGAUAGUAUGAUAGCUAAGACGACUGUACCUCAGACUAAUGAUAGCUAACCAGACUGUACCAACUAGAUGAUAGAUGAAACAACUGGUACCAGACUAGAUGCUAUCUAAACAGAAAUGGUAACCAACUAGAUGAUAGUAGACAGACUGGUACCAACUAAUGAUGCUACACAGACCUGGUACCGAGACGAAUGAUAGCUGAACAGACGUUAUCCAGACUAGUGAUAGCUAAACAGACUGGUACCAACUAGAUGAUAGCCUAAACAACUGGAUACCAGACUAUAUUAUAGCUAGCAGACUGGUACCAGACUAGAAUGAUAGGCUGAAGCAGACUGGGUACCAGACUAGAUUAUUAGCUAAACGCACUGGGUAACCCAGACUAAUGAUUAGCUAAACCGACUGGUACCAAACUAGAUGAUAGCUAGCAGACUGGUACCCAGACUAGAUGAAUGCUAGACAGACUGGUACCAGACUAGAUGAUAGCAACCAGACUGGUACCAGACUAGAUGAUCGCUAAACGCUGGUAAGCCCCAGACUAGAUGAUAGCUCAAGAGACUGGUCACUCAGACUAGAUGAUAGCUAAACAUACUGGGUACCCAGACUAGAUGAUAGCUAAACAGACUGGUACCAGACUAGACCAAGGAGUGAAUGAUAGCUAAACAGACUGGUACCAGACUACAUGAUCGCUAACCAACUGGUACCAGACUAGAUUAUAGCUAACCAGACUGGUAACCGGAUACUAGAUGAUAGCUAAACAGACUGGUACCCAUACUAGAUUGAUAGCUAGAACAGACUGGUACCAAGAAAAAACUAGAUGAUAGCUAAACCGACUGGUACCAAGAGCUAGACCAAGGGUGAAAUAUAGCUAAACAUACUGGUACCAGACUAGAUAAUCGCUAACAGACUGGUUCUUACUAGACCAAGGAUAAUAUAGCUAAAAAACAGACUGGUACCAAGACUAGAUGAUUGCUAACCCAUACUGGUACCAAUAGAUGAUAGCAAACAGCUGGUUACCCCAGACUAGAUGAUAGCUAACCAACUGUUCCAGACAGAUGGAUAGCUAACAGACUGGUACCAGACGAGAACAAGGGAGGGAAUUAUAGUAAACGACUAGUACCAGACUAAUUAUAGCUAAACCCUGUACCAGACUAAUUAAAUAGUUAACAGACUGGUACCAGACUAGAACCAAGAGUGGAAUGAUAGCUAAACCGACUGGUACCAUACUAGAUGAAGCUAGAACAGACUGGUACGCAGACUAGAUGAAUAGCUAGAAAACCAAGACUGGUACCCCCAUCCUAGAUGAUAGCUAAACCAGACUGUACCUCACAGAUUAUAGCUAAACAACUGUUACCAGACUAGGAAUGAUAGCACACAGACUGGUACCAACUAGAUGAUAGCUAACAGACGGUUACCAGAACUAGAUGAUGCUAACAGACUGUACCAGACGCGAUGAUAGCUUAGAACAGACUGGUAACCGACAGACUAGAUGAUCGCUAACCAGACUGGUACCAUACUAGAUGAUAAGCUAGACAAGACUGUACCAAAGACUAAUGAUAGGUAAUACAGAACUGGUACCAGACUAAUAAUGAUAGCUAGAAAGACUGGUACCAGACUAGAUGAUAGCUAACAGACUGGUACCAGACGUAGAAUGAAUAGCUAACAGACGGUACCGACUAGAUGAUAGCUAAACAUACUGGUAACAAGAACCACUAGGUUUUAUUUUCACAUUUAUAUUGACCUAUAUUUGCUGCACAUACAGGAUGCAGUUUUUCCUGGUCUGGAAAUUGUUUUCUAAGUUCAUUUUGAAUGCAUGUAAUGUACUGAAGCAAAAGUUAUCGCAGUUUCACUGAGCUGAAUGUAAACCUGUAUUCCCUCUUGGAAACUGCAGAGCCCUGAGACCCAGCACGGAGCCAUCAUGGCGCUGGGCUACAUGGUGGGCAGGUACAUGAGCAAGAGGAAGUCCUUCACUAACGGAGACUCCGCCCUCAACCGGGAACAGCGGAUGAGCGCCACACCCAAGGAGGAUGAGGAGCUGGUCGCUAUAGCAACCAAAGCCAUCGGUAGGUGACUGUCACCGUUUUAUAUUUCAGACAGUAUUUACUAUCAUUUUUUGUUUGUUUUUAGACCAGUUUUAUGCUAAUUCACAUUGUUACAAAAAAUUACUCAUAUUUAUACUUUUUAAAUGUAUUUGUGCAUAUAGGAAAGAAUUACUCAUAUUUAUCAUUUUUAAAUAUAUUUUAGCAUAUAGGAAAGAAUUACUCAUAUUUAUCAUUUUUUAAAUAUAUUUUAGCAUAUAGGAAAGAAUUACUCAUAUUUAUCAUUUUUAAAUAUAUUUUAGCAUAUAGGAAAAUUACUCUAUUAUCCUUUUUAAAUAAUAUUUUAGCAUAUAGGAAUUUAUCAUUUUAAAAUAUAUUUUAGCAUAUAGGAAAGAAUUACUCAUAUUAUAUUCCGUUUUAAAAUAUAUUUUAGCCCAUAGGAAAGAAUUACGCAUAUUUACCUUUUUAAAAUAUAUUUAGCAUAUAGGAAAGAAUUACCAUAGUUAUCCUCAUUUUAAAUAUAUUUUAGCAUAUACGGAAAAGAAUUACUCAUAUUUAUCAUUUUAAUAUAUUUUUAAGCAUAGAGGAAGAAUUACUUACCAUAUUUAUCAUUUUUAAAAUAUUUUUUAGCACAUAGGAAAGAAAUUACCUCAUAUUUAAUCAUUUAAAAAUAUAUUUUAGCAUAUAGGAAAGAAUUACUCAUAUUUAUCAUUUUUAAAAUAUAUUUUAGCAUAUAGGAAAGAAUUACUCAUAUUUAUCAUUUUAAAAUAUAUUUUAGCAUAUAGGAAAGAAUUACUCAUAUUUAUCCCUUUAAAAUAUAUUUUAGCAUAUAGGAAAGCAUCCAAUUGAAGGAAGAAAGGUGUAGUCGAGGCAAUAAAAGGAAACCAUUUCGAUCCAAUGUACGUUUCCAGGUCGGCUGAUGUCGUGUGUGUGUGUGUGUGUGUGUGUGUGUGUGUGUGUCUGUGUGUGUGCGUGUGCGUGUGUGUGCGUGUGUGUGUGUGUGUGUGUGUGUGUUCCCAGGUUCUUUCCUAGACAGCGGUUCCCCCCUGCUAGCGGUAGCAGCAUGUACAGCCCUGGGGGAGAUGGGGAGGAACGGACCUCUGCUCAUCCCUUCAGAAGGAGAGGGAUUCACCAAACUAGCUAUGGUGGAUAACAUGCUGGCUCGCAUCCCCUCUGGGAAAGAGACGCUCAAGGUAACCAUGGAUACAGCAGCACGUGACAUAAUGAUGCUGUGAAAGGGCAGUUGGUUGUGAUGCUAGACCGUGAUAAUUGCACUCUGGGGAUGUUAAAUACAUUCUAAUGAAUUGGUUUUGAACCAUUUUAUAAUAGAAAUACCUAUUCAUGUGAAGAGACUCUAAUCCAACUCCCUUUCUACCUGUCCAGAGGAAGGAGCCAGCCAGCCUGUGUUAGUUAGAUAGGUGUAGUUAAUAGUCUGUUAGAUGUAUUCAUGUGGUCUCUGUCUGUCCAGAUGAAGGAGAGAGCCAUCCAGACUCUGGGCUAUCUACCAGUGGGGGACGGAGACUUUGCCCACCAGAAGAAGCUGCUGCAGGGGCUCAUGGACUCUGUGGAGGUAGGGGACUGGCUCUCAUUUAAUGGAGCUUUUAAGACCUUCAUGGAGCUUCAUUAAUGCAUUCGUAAAGCUUCAUAAGACCUACAUUAAGCUUCAUAGGACCUUUUUGUGAAGCUUCAUAAGACAUUGUUUAUCAUGCAGAAAGAACUGAGACGAGGAGAAGCAAGAGGUUAACCCUUUCCUCUUCCCUCUUGUCACCUCAUCUCGGUUUCCUCCCCCUUCCUCUCUCUCUCCCCCCCUUCCCGCCCCCCCUUCUCUCUCUCUCUCUUCGCCCCCCCUCCCGUGUCCCCCCCCCCCUUCUCGUCCUCUCUAUCUCCUCAUUCCUCUCUCAUCUCUCAUCUCUCUCAUCGCUCUCUUACCUCGCUCGUCCUCGGCACAAUCUCUCUCUCCGGGCUUGCUCGUCCUCUCAUUCUUCCUGUCACCGACUCUCCGGGGUCCUCACUCGAAUACGGUCAGCGAUCUCCAACCAUCGACUCUCCCGAAUUCAGAGUGCCAAUUCAGAAUGACGAGUUCGGCUCAACCUUCCUACCCAGUCGAAGAGGAGAGGACUCUCUCUCGGGUCUGCUCUCUCCCCCCCCCUUUCUCUCUCCCCACCACUUCUCAUCGUUCUCCCAGCUCGGGCUCAUCUCUCAUAAGAGCAUCGUCUCACAAGAUCAGUCGUCAUCUCUCUUGUGGCUAUCUCUCCUUUCCUCCUGGGAGCGGACACCUCCAUCUAUACUCUCCAUCCGUCUCUCAUCCUCUGGCCCGGGUCUUCUCUACACAGUUCCCCGCCUAUCUCUACACAUCAGAUCAUGUCAAUCGAGAGCGCCCCUCUUCUCCUCUCGAAGGAAGCAACUCAUCUUGAAUUCAAAAAGACCAAAGAAUGCCUCCCUCUGAUAUCCCCCCGCCCCCCAACCGCAUCACACCGUCCAGCACUGCCUUGCUCACCACAUACGAGGUCUGCGUCAACUGCUCUUGACGCUACACUACAACUUACAGGCGAAUACUACAAAGAUCCGAGGAAAUUGCCCAAAGGCGGGAGAGAUCGGACACAUCUCCUCAUGACAUCACCAAAAACCUGGGCAUCCGGUCUCUCUCUCCCUCUCUCCUCUAACCCCUCCCAGGCUAACAUGUAGAAGCUACACUUUUACAGUGGUUGAGGGCCAUCACAAUUGCCGCAUAAGGGCUAUUCUGGCGCUGCCAGGGACCCUUGACCUUUAACUGAGUACCAAUACAUCCCCCCAUACAGUACGAUUACCCACACAUACAACCCACACGCUACACCACAUAGACACCCACACACACCCACCAGCACACAAUAUACACAGCACCAUAUUACAAACACCACACACUCACACAAUAUUACGCAACACAUACACACAUAUACAACACCAACACCGCAUAUACACACCCACACAGGGUGAUUUUUUUUGAUGUUGUGGAUCAACACCCAUAUACAACAUUCCGUACACCCAGCUCACACCACACUAUAAGACCUAACACAACACAGCACACAUAUCACAGAACAGCACCUACACCACACAAAAACAUACACCACACAUAUACACGACCCACAUCUACAACACCACAACAACACCACACCCUCAAACCACACACCCAUACACCCACACACCUAUACACCAACCCCAAGAUCCAACGACAGCUCAACCCACAUAUAGCCCCCCACACCCCAGCCAAAACCCCCCCCUCCACCCCAUCUACACACCACCGAUAUCACAGCCCCCCCCUUCCCCCACCUCCGCCACACACGCCCUCCCCGCCGCACACCCACGUUCGCCCUUUGUCCACACCCCGACACACACACUCACACACACACACACUGGCUAAAUCCUUCCUGUGGUGUGAAACACAGCUCUGGCUGAUCUGGUUGUUUUCCUUCCUUUUCUUGCGUUCUGAUUUGUUUGUUUUAUUUAGAUAGACUUGUCCAUCCUUUGUCUCCCUGUCAGAUGUGAAGAGUAAUGACGUGGUUCUGUGGGUGCUAAACUCCAUCCUGGCUAAGUACAUCCCAAGUCAGAACCCCCACGUCAGACAGGCUGCCUGCAUAUGGCUACUCUCCCUGGUCAAGAAGCUACACCAGCACAAAGAGAUCAGGGUAACGGCACAACUAAAUGGGGUUAGAGGUCAGGGGUUAGGGUGGUGGUCAGAACUACAACCCAGCACAAAAGAAGCAGGGUACGGAACACUGGGGUUAGAG